AUGAUAUCACAGCGCAUGUUCCAGGUGCUGAAAGUGGAUGUUUCUGGGCUGGAUCCGAACGCCAUGUACUCGUUCCUGCUGGACUUCGUGGCUGCGGACAACCACCGGUGGUAAUACGUUAACGGGGAGUGGUUUCCUGGGGGCAAGCCCGAGCCUCAAGCCCCGAGCUGCGUAUACAUCCACCCGGAUCAUAUAUCCCCUUCGUUAUACAUCCACCCGGACUCGCCAAACUUUGGUGCGCGCUGGAUGAAAGAUCCGGUCUCAUUCAGUAAAGUCAAACUCACCAACAAACUUAAUGGAGGAGGCCAGAUCAUAUUGAAGUUAUUGCAUAAAUAUGAYCCACGUAUCCAUAUUGCGGGCGUCGGAGGGCCUAAGAGGAUGAUCACGAGCCACUCCUUCCCGGAGACGCGGUUCAUAGCCYUCACAGCCUACCAGAACGAAGAGAUAACCGGUUUGAAAAUCAAAUACAACCCGUUUGCCAAGGCCUUUCUGGAUGCUAAGGAAAGAACAGACCGUAAAGACAUAAUGGAUGACAGUGGCAACCAACAGUCAAGCUACUCUCAAUUGAGAGGCUGGUUCAUCCCAGGCCCAUCUACUAGCCCUCACACCCAGUUUGGGAGCCCCCUGUCCCUGUCCUCGUCCCACGGCUGUGACCGCUACUCCACUCUGAGAAACCAUCGCUCUGCACCCUACAGCACCCCCUACACCAGUCGGACCAGCCCCCCUAGUUAG